AUGCGCGCCGCGCUCGCUCGCGCGCGCGCGCAUGUCGACCGCGCGUCCUCCCACGCGUUCGCGUCCUCGAGCGCGUCGCGCGGGCGUUCGAAAGCGCCGCCUUUACGAGUGAAUGCGUCGAACGCCGACGUCACGCCGCCGACGAAUGCUAAAGACGCAUCCUCGGACGCGUUACUGCGGGCGCUCGCGAGCGUGAACGCGGUCGCGAGCGGGAACCGUAAGGCGUUCGACGCCGUGGACGCCAGGGCGAUCGCGAGCGCACUGGACGCGUUGGUCGGGGACUUUGCGGGCGAGCGCGGGCGGGACGGAGGCGGACGGGCGGAGCGGGACGGCGAUGAGACAGUACCGCGAGCGCGAGCGCGAGAAGGUGAUUCGGAGGCGAGGGUGCGCGUGAAACGAGCGUGUGCGUUGAUCCGGGAGGUCGAGCGGGCGUGUUUGGAGGUUGGAUGUAAGACGUGCGUCUCUCCCAACGCGCUCGAGCGGGUCUGUAGGUUGGGGUGCUCGUUGAAGAACGACAUCGAUGUGACGCUUGCGGUGACGCGGGCGUUUUACUCGAUCGCGAAGAAGGGUAAGGGGGCGACGAGCGUCGCGCACGCGACUCUGAGGACGUACACGGACGUGAUCGCGGCGCUGAGUCGGUGCGCGGCGGAGGCUCGGGCGAACGGCUCGGCUCGAGCGACGCCGAGUCCAGUGGAGGUGUGGUUGAUGCUCCGAGCGACGCCGUUGAGACUGGACGGGGCAGCGUUUGCAGCGGGUGUGAGUGCGUACGUGAGCGAAGGGCGAGUCGAGGAGGCGGAGCGCGUGUUGAGGGACAUGACGGCGGAGGGAGUGCGCGCGGGACCGAGGCUCUUCAACACGCUCAUCGCGGGGUACGGGCGAGAGAAGAAUCUGCGCGGCGUCGAGGCUAGCUCGAUGACGAUGCGUACUUUAGGGGUGACACCGAACCAGGCGACGUGGGGGGCAAAGGUGUUCGCGUACGUCAGCUGCGAUAGAUUAGAUUUGGCCAUGAACGCGUUGGAUCAGGGCGUGCGCUUCUCUCCAAGAGUUGAGCGGCGUCCCGGAGUGCAGGCGUACACGUCGCUCGUACAAGGAUUGUCGCGGUCGGGAAGAUUAAUCGAAGCAGAUGAAGUGUUGAGAAGGAUGUCCCGGGACGGGGUGAAGCCAAACGUGUACACGUAUUCAACGCUCAUCGAUGGGUUUGUUCGCGCGUCGCAAAUUGGCUUGGCGGAAACCGCGCUUGAGGAGAUGCGACGGGCGAAAAUCAAACCCAACGUCGUGACAUACAACUCGCUGUUAAAGGGCGUCUUGAGUGGCGCGGGCGGACCCGCGGCGCGCACGGAUGAGAUGCUUUCUCGAGCGAAGGAUGUGUUCGAGCGAAUGCGCGCCGAUGGCAUCCCACCGGAUUUGGUGUCGUACAACACGCUCAUCGAUGCCUGCAUCAACGCCGGCGCGCCGGCGGAGGCAUGGAACAUCUUGAGAGAAAUAUCAGAGUCCGGUUUACGGCCAAACAUCGUGACGUACACGACGCUGCUGAAAUACGUCGUUGAAGUGGGCGAUCACUCGGCGACGAGCUGGAUCGUCGCCGAGUUGGAGAAGGACCUCACCGUGGUCGAAGACGUGGGCGUGUACAACUGUCUCAUCAAUGCGUACGCUCGUCAAGGCGACAUGGCUCGAGCGAUGGAAACGAUGGAGACGAUGCGAGCGAAGAAGAUCGCCCCGGAUAUCUCCACGUACGGCGCUCUGACGAAUGGUUACGUUCGCGUCGGCAACGUUCGCGAGGCGCUCAGUCUGUACGAGUCGUGCUCUAAAACGGAUGGUCUGACACCCGACGCGCGCAUGCGAAAAUCAUUGGUAUAUGGAUGCGGUCUCCAAGGAAUGUCCGACGUCGCCGAUUGCAUCAUCGCGGAUUUGCAAGCCACCGGAGUCGCGGGCGCGCGCGAGGCCAAGUCGCUGCGCUUCGUGCUCAAGGCGUCGUCGGAGGCCAAGGCGGCGGGCGCGGGCGGACGCGUGCGCGCGAAACGUCCACCGGUGCAGACUCGACGCGCGGCCGCCGCGACUCGGCGCGCGCGCGCCAUCAACGCCGAAUCUCCCACGGUAUCGCCCGAGACGUUCGCGUCCGCGCGCGCGUCGCGCGCCGCCCGCGAGGCGCCGCUCGAGUGGAACCGCGGCCUCGAGAUGUGGAAGUUUUGGCUCGGAUUACCCAACAACUACUACUACGGCGACGUCGCGAUCGACGACGACCGUCGUCCGAGCGCACCGCCGGACGAGACCGCGGCGACGGAUACGUGUUAG